CCAGCGCCAGUCUGUGUCUAUGCUUAGACCUCGAUAGUUGGGCGCGUCGUCGUGUAGUUCGAGCUAACAUCAACGCUCGCUCAAUCUCUCUCACUCAUUCACACUGAGACACACACACACAUAUUUACGAAACCCAAGAUCGACUUAAGCAGUUCAGUUGCAUUUCUGGUGUGCGCGACUGUGUGCGUGUGUGUGUGCAUCAGCUGUUGACAAAUUAAUGAGCGCAGCUUUGGCCUCCGUCGCCGUCGCUGUCGUCGUCUUGCAAUUCUAAACGAUUGUUGUCAAUUCAAUAGUAGCGAAAUGACUGGAUCAGUUCACGAUCCGAAAUGGAGCUUGGAGAGGCGAGAAUCUUCUGGACAUUUGGUCUGGCGCAAGGAGUCGCCAUCGUCAAAGGUUCGUUUUCGAUUUGACGUUGAGGUGCUGGAAUUCGAAAAGCAUCCCAACGAAGAGCUUGACCACACAGACGAUCACUUCUCGAUCACAAAUCUAUCAACCACAGUUGCUCUCUGUGCCACAUGCGUAGCCGUUGUGGCAGCAUCCGUAUUCCUGCCCUGGUACCUAAUGGAAAAGGUCGGUUCGCUGUGAAAGUAAUAUCAUGCAGAUUGUGCAUAGUACAUAGUAGUAGAACUUACGUCAAUUGAAGGUAUUAAGUAGGCUUAUGUAUAUAGAGACAAGCAUUCGAUAGUUAUAUGUAAGUACUAAAUACGAUGUGUAAAUUUUAAUGUAAAUACGAGUAGUGCAUAUUAUAUACCAUAUUUUGUGAUAGACCUAUGUAAGUCUAAGGCUUUUUAAUGCAGAUGCAUACUGACUGUUUGUAAGCAAAUGAUUUAAUCGAUGAUCACAAAGAUAUUUAAGUGAAUAAACAGACAACUUGCCUAA